AUGUCUACCGAAAUCAGCUUCUCUACGCCCGGCUUCAAUACCUUCUCCUCAGUAAACCCCUUCUAUAAUUACUCAUUCCCGCCCGGCAACGCCUUCCCUUUCACUCUGCCCUACGUAGCGGACGACGACCUUUUCGGGUUCGAUCCGCCUCUCUCCCCUACGGCGACCACCAAGCCUCACCCGCCAGAGAACAGUUAUAACGCAUUCAAUGGGCGCAAAACACUCACAAUUUCCGAGCGCGAUCAUCCGCGGGGCGAGAAACGCAAAAGUGAAAGCUCGUUGGAGCGUAACCGACAAGCAGCUAACAGGUGCCACAAGAAGAAAAGGGCGUACACAAAAGAACUAGAGGAAUGUUUUCAGACAGCCAAGUCACGGAGAGAGAUUCUCGAGGCCGAGAUCAGCCAGCUGCAAAGCGAGAUCUUAUCCCUGAAAAACCAGAUAUUGAGACACUCGCAGUGUGACGAUGACAGUAUAAAAUUUUAUUUGUCGCGUAUGUUGACGCUGCUCACUGGGAAGAUAGCACCCACACUACAAGGAGAGCUCCCUUUUAAUAAGGAAGAGAGCCCUGUACUAUUCGGUUCUCAGAUCCAUGACCCGCAGGGAAGAUUGUCGGUAGAUAGUAGCACUUCGUCGGAGCUUUCGGCCUCCAUGUUGAAUGCGGUCGAGCAGGCACAUUGGCAGUCGGCGCUCAGCACGGUCAAUGAUAACCCGACUGAGUUGGACGAGGAUAGCUUUUGGGACUUGGUUAAUCUUUCCUAA